AUGUUUACACCUCUCCCCUCAAUCUCGGAGACAGAGACAGAGGCUCCCCCACGCGUCGGCAUCCCCUCCUACCUCCUCCAAGACAUCUUUGCCCACCUUGACCUCUACGACAUCAUUGCCUGCCAGCAGGUCUGCCGCCUCUGGAAUGAUAUCUUGCAGACCCGCCGGUCUCUUCGCAGCAAGCGCUUCCUCGCGCCCACCCACCUCCUGCCCUCUCCGCCGGUGGAGAAAUACAUGCUACACCCCGUUUUUGGGCUAAUUCAUUUCUCUCCCUCACUGUGCGCCGCAGACACAACCUUAGGGCGCCGCGGUGAUGGGCCAGCAGCGCUCUUGAAAGACUCGUCGGUGUGCGCGCAGUAUGCAACAGACCCACCGACGGCCUGGGCGGCGUUCGAGGUGUUGAAGUUCCACCCAUAUUGCGUAGUCGAGAAUGCAACGGGCGUGACGACGAAGGAAGCCAAGAUUAGCUUUGGAACAUUCUUUGGGUCAACGAUCUGCUCAAAGAGGAACUAUGACCGUUCCAGGAGGAUGCGGCAUGUGGACUUCUUGGGGACGGAGAGUGUGUUCAUUGAUUUCAGCGGGAGAGACGAGAGGGAUCCCAGGGUGUUUAUUGGUACGUCAUUUGAGGCGAGGGGCGGCUCGAAGAAGGGGAAGUUGUUUAAGUUUUGGAGCGCUAUUGCGUUCUGCGAUGAGGUGAAAACGUAA